UUGGGAAUGGGCCAAUACGACGUUGAGUACACCAAAACAGGGUUUGGUGUGGCUGAAUCUGGGAUGUGACUUAGUCACAAGUUAGAUUAAAGUGUUAAUUUAAGUAAAGAAUCAACAGCCAAUUCGUUCUUUGCAAAUUUUAGUGUAAAACACGUUUCGUUUAUAAUUAUAAUAACAACUCAGAAGUUAAUGAAAAAAUAACUUUUUUAAAUUGAUUAGCCUAAAAACGUCAUUCGUAAACUUAUAAUAAUAUUGGUUAUUAUUAUUAAAAUAUUAAUAUUUUCUCUUGAAUAUGGCUUUGAACGGAUGUUACAAUUGUUUAAAAUAUUUAGUAAUUGUAUUCAACCUCUUGUUUUGGCUAGCAGGAAUCGGAGUGUUGGUUGUAGCGGUCUGGCUGUACCUUGGAAGUCACGAGUACUUGACAAAUAAUGAAAGUACCUACAUUUACUUUACAGCAAUUUACAUCCUAAUGGCUGCAGGAUCUCUUAUGAGUUUGGUUGGAUUUCUAGGGUGUUGUGGAGCUCUCCGUGAGAGUCCUUGUAUGCUGGGAACUUUCUUCGUUUUCCUGCUAGUGAUAUUUUUAGCAGAGCUGACUGGUGGUAUUUGGGGUUGGUUGCACAGGGAUAAGAUAAAUAAGAUGAUUGAUACGUCCAUUACGAGGAUGAUCAAGGAGGAGUAUCCAGAUGUUAACCUAUCACUCAAAUCUGUUGAUGCACUUCAGCAUGAUCUUCAUUGUUGUGGAGCCAAAGGACCAGAUGACUGGGCUGAAUCUGGAUACAAUAAAAAAAAAAGUGAAAAAUCAAGCAUAUUAUCUUUUAUUUCACCUGAUUCUCCAAUGUACAAAGUUCCAAGUAGUUGCUGUUCAAAUAUUGAAUCUGAAAAUUGUGGAGAAUUACAAGCAGUAAUUGGGCUAAGCUCAGCUAACCCAAAAAUCCAUCAAAAGGGCUGUGUUCAGGCACUACAGAAACAGCUGGAAGAACACCUGACCAUAAUCAUUGGAGUUGGUAUUGGUCUUGGAAUCAUUCAGUUGCUUGGUCUAGUUUUCUCGAUGGCCCUAUGCUGUGCAAUCCGGAAUUAAGUUUGUGCACACCAUAUUACUCUGCUUUGUUGACGUUACGAUUACGCCGGCCUACGUAUUGUUUAUGGACUAGUUGAACUAAUAAUUUUAUAUACUCACUUAUUAACUGAUCUUUUAAACUUGAAGAAAUGCUCAAAUUUGUAUAUAUGUGUACUUAAUACAAAUAUUUCUUUAAUUACAAAUUUUAUGAUAAGCAUUACACACACACACCCCCGAUGUAAAAGUCAAUUUCCUAUUGGAUUGGACAAAAUGUCCACACCAAGUGAGGUUUUUCCAUUAACUUUUGUGCUUGAAUGUUUCAAACAACCAACAAGCUUGAUUAUAAAGACAAAAUAUACCAACUCUGGCUAGUUGUACUCCCAUUUGUUUUGUUAUAAACUCUCUGGUUUCUGUUAAUAGUGUUAUUACCCAUUUUGCUUAACACUGAAUUUCAGCAUUAAAAUUUAGGGUUAUUAUAAUAUAUCUUACCUCGUAUAAUGUUCUAAUAUUAAAUUUUAUAAUGCAAGUAAAAGUUACACUACAAUUUGAUGUAAUUUUAAUAAAAUGUUUUAUAUUGAAAGAAGAAGAACAGAUCUUCAAAGUUGUUCUUUAAUUUUAUAGGUUUUUUUUUUUAUCUUUAAGUUUGUAUUUUGUAUAUCACUUCAAAUUUUCAGGCAACAUAUAUGAUGUGCCAUUUACAUAGUUUUUAGUUCUGUAUUAUUGUUUCAUGUAGGAUUAUUAGACUUAAUUCAGGUAAGGAAAUAAUAAUUUGCUCAUUAUGACUGACUGAAAAGGUUUUAUUUUGUUUUUAUAAUUGUAAUUUUUCAAAUUCAAAAGGAUUAAAAACAAAAGGGAUUCUAAACCUUCCAGUAUAGUAAUAGCAUUAUUAUAACCUCAGUUUCUGAAGCUGAAACAAAUCAUGUUAUGUAGAACUGAUAAUGGGAAAAACUCCCACCUAUGUGUUCAGCUUCCAAUGUAAGGAAACAAACCCCAUCAUUGACAUUGGGGCUCCUACUUAAAGGUCUAGUUGCCAGUUGUCUGUGUUAAUACUAAUGUCUUAAACACAGAAACAUUACUUAUAAAUCCAAUUUAUAAGAAAAGUGACAAAAAAAAGAACAAUUAUGAGUUGUUUUUUAUAUACAAGUUUUGUGAUAUAAAACUAUUGGUGCAACACUGUUGAUACUAGAAUAUGUAAAAUGCUUUAUACAUUUAAAACUAUAUAUGUUUGUAUUUCUUAGAUUUUUGCCUUUAACUGAUAAAGGUUAUAUUAGGGUUUUACUUAGUCAAACAGUCUUAGUCUCUUAAGGCAUCACAUUUUCAAACUUGGUUUUAAGUAUUGUUCGUGCUUCUAUCUGUGUACCAGUAGAAUAAAAAUUAUACCCUGGUUCCUGUCAUCCUAGUAAAAUCAAUCUGAAGUUGUUCUGUGAAAUUAUCUAUCUAAACAUCUUGAUAAAAGUGCAUUGUAUGUUCACGUGAAUAUUCUGUUAAUCUUAAAUUUGUUGAGGAACAUAUAAAUUUCUAAUUUUUCAAAAUGCAGCCUGGAGUAUUUUGGAUAUAUAUAUAUGAUUUGAGUAAAUUACAGUUAACCCUAGAAGGAAUUUUUUCCUUAACUUAGUGUUUUGAUUUUAUAAUUUGUUAGGAGCAACCUUAUACUUUUAAAGCUAAUGAGUUUACCAACCAAAAUAGAAGUUUGCUUCAGAAAAAGUUACUGUAUAAUUACUGUUCUAAUUAAUUACUCCUUCCUGGGUUAGAUAAUUUGAUCGUGUUUUUUCCAGCACCACUUCACUACUGCUUGGAACAUCUUUUGAUAGGAAUGUUGCAUAAUGAUCCAUAUUUCUUUUAUUUUUCAUCUCGAGUCUAAUGUUUUUGGUCAAAAUAUAUUUUAACAACUUUGCAUCUUAUCAAGUCAUGCACAAAUAAUAUGUAUGAUAGAGGAAAAUGUUAGUUUCUUGCCAACUUGUAUUACUAUAUGAUUUGCUUCCCUGAUUUUUGUUGUAAUUAAUAGCUUUUGAGUUGUAUAAAUAUGUAUAAUUUUAGUGUUUAUAUAUAACAUUGUGUGAAUAAGGAAAUAUUUUUUUUUCUUUAAGAAAAGAACUCGUGUUACUGAUAUCUAUAUUACAAAUGGUGCUUUUUUUAUUAUAUCGAGCUUUCCGGGUGUGAGAGGGGAUGUUAGUCAAAGAUAGAAUAUCAAUGAAAUAGUAAAAUAACCUAUGCUAUUUUGUUUUGGAUUUUCAAUUAACAUUACUGAAUUUCUUUGAUGUGAGAAAAUUUAUCAUUUUUUAUUGUAUGUUGAUUUAGCUAUGAAACAAUUUUGAGCCAAAAGUUUUAUCUUAUAGAAAUAUAAAAAAUAUUCAGUAUUUCUAAAUAUAAAUUCCCAGAAGUACUUUGUUUUCACUAAAAGGUGAGAAGCAUGAUUCACAAACUGUUUGUAUUUCUGUUACAUACACAUCUUAACUUUUGGUACAAAAAUAGUAUUACUUCCCAUAACCCCCGUGAAUGUACAUUGAGAUCAUGUAUGGUAUGAAUAAAAAAUGGUUGUUAAUUUUUUUAUAACGUUUAACUGUAGGUGAGAAAGAAGAAAUAUAACUAGAGAGAUGUAAAAUGUUAAAACAGUAAUUUUUUUUAUUUAGAACUAUUCUUAUUUUUUUUAAAUCAUAUAUCUAGCCUAAAACACAUUGUUCAAAAAUGUAUUAGGACUAGAAGGAUGUUGAUAGCAAAUCAAGGAAUGUUUUUGUUGUUGUUGUUGUUUAUAAUGGAUACCCUUUUUUAUGUUUUAGACUAUGUAGGAUUAGCAUACUUAUUUGUUUUGUAAACAAUUUAAUACAUUUUUAGAUGUAAUAAAUUUAGUUUAACAAACCUUAUUGGCAUAUAUUAUACAUGUAAUAAUCCAUGUGUUUUUGUGCAGAAUUUGAAAUGUGUUUUUAGUUUGUCAAAAUAAAGUUUUAUGAAUCA